AGAGCAGGGCGGCUUUUUGCAAAAGGGGCGGACGGGGUUAAAAACGUGCAGGCGGAGCUCUCACGCCGAGAGAGGCCCAAGGAAAGAAGGCGAAGGGCCGGGGGAAAAUGGGAGAAGGGGACUUGUAAAAUGCAAAGCUGCCUUCCUCUCCUGCCGUCUUUUCCUUCCUGAUGAGACACAUUUCUCCGCUUCCUUCCCACCCCAUCGUUGGAGCAAUUCUGGAGGCUGCCGGUUCUAGGGGCGGGGCGGGGUUUCUAAUGCAAAAGGAGCCCCGAGCAGAUUAAGAGCUGCCACCAGGAACAAAAAUGGAAGAGGACCAGGAUCCAGUGAGAGCAACCCAAGGGGAGAGAUGGGAGGCGGCAGGAAUAGCCUCUUGCAUCAUCCCAUUUGGAGCACCGUCGCCACCUAUUAAGCAGGAAGUGGAAGAGGGGCUGCAGUGGCAGCCCUGGGAUGCUCAGUGGCAGGCAUUUCUGAAGUCGAUGCAGCCCCCCCGUCUGGCUUUGAGGCAGCCGCAGAUGCCCAAGCCGCAGUCAGGAGAAGAUGUGAAGGAUUUGAAAGUGGCUUCUGAGGGACGAGUUGAGCCCUCCUUCUGGCCUGGAGGCAUGGGUGGGACUCCAGCAUCUCCAGGCCAGAGUGGAGGAAACCGCCAAGAUGGCAGCCAUUUUGAUUCUUCUGUGAAAGUGAAGGACGAGAUUCUGGACGAGGAAGGCGGCAUCAGUGUGGAGAUGUGCUGCCAGCGCUUCAGGCAGUUCUGUUAUCGGGAAGCCAAGGGCCCCCGAGAGGCCUUCAGCCAGCUCUGGGAGCUUUGCUGUCGGUGGCUGAAGCCCGAGCAACACGCCAAGGAGCAGAUCCUGGAGCUGGUGAUCCUGGAUCAAUUCCUGACCAUCCUGCCCCAGGAAAUGCAGAGUUGGGUCAGGGAACGUAACCCUGAGAGCUGCACCCAGGCAGUGACCCUGGCAGAGAACUUCCUCCUUGGACUGUGUGAGCCAGAGAGAGAGGCGCAAAAGGUGCCAAGGCUGUUGGAGGAAGCAUUUGUUAAAACCCCCAAGUCAGAGCAGGAAGAGGAUCUGUCAGAUUUUGUGAAGAUACAGCUUACAGCAGCAGCCAAGCAAGAGGAAGAUGGGCAAUCCAGCCACUUUGGAGGCGACGGCCAAGUAUGGGAGAGUGAGAAUGGACUGGGAAGAACUGAGGAAAUGAGCCUCAGUGAAAUAUUUUUGGAAGGAGCCAAAGGGAAUUUUUGCCAGGCUCCUGAGCUAGAAGGGAAGGCUGGAAGUCAGCAGGAAAAGCGCGUGGGGACAAGAUCAAAGCAAGCCUUCCUUCAAGAGGAAAGUGACAAAAGGGCCCAGGAAAGCGGCUUCCAAGAGGGAAUCUGUAGGCUCAAGGGGAGGAAUGGAGGCAGUCCAAGCCUCUUUCAGAGCUUUGACCUUCUUGAGAAUCAGGAAACUUGCAUGGGAGAAAAUCUGUCCACAUGCUGGAACAUCGAGGAAAGUUUCCAUGAGAGUUCACACUUGGUUAUCCUUGAAGGAAUGGUCACUGGGGAGAAGCAACAUAAAUGCUUUCAGUAUGGCAAAAGCUUCCAUCAGAAAACAAACCUUAGUAAACACAAGAGAAUCCACGCAAGAGAGAAACCAUACGCAUGUUCAGAGUGCAGGAAAAGGUUUCCUAUCAGCUCUCAACUUGGAAGCCACAGAAAAGUGCACUGUGAGGAGAAGCUGUAUAAAUGCUUCCAGUGUGGGAUCAGCUUCAGCAGUAAUUCAAAGCUUACCGAACACCAAAGGGUGCACACAGGAGAGAAACCAUAUCAGUGCUUGCAGUGUGGGAAAUGGUUCUUGCAGAGCUCCAUCCUUCUGAGACAUGAGAGAAUCCACACAGGUGAGAAACCUCACAAAUGCUCUGCCUGUGGGAAAAGCUUUGUCCAGAAGUCGAACCUCAUUCAGCAUGAGAGAACCCACACAGGAGAGAAACCGUACACAUGCUCUGACUGUGGGAAAAGCUUCAACAUCAGCUCUCGGCUUCUGAGCCACCAAAAAGUGCACAGCAGUGAGAUACAGUACAAAUGCUCACACUGUGGGAACAGCUUUAGCAGCAGCUCAAAGCUAACGGAGCAUAAAAGGACGCACACUGGAGAGAAACCAUACCAGUGCUUACAAUGUGGGGCAUGUUUCUCACAACGUUCCGCCCUCUUGCGGCAUGAGAAAAUUCACACGGGCGAGAAGCCACAUAAAUGCUUGGACUGUGGCAAGAAUUUUAACAGGAAGUCAAAUCUUGUCACACACAUGGGAACACACACUGGAGAGAGACCAUAUGAAUGCCCGGACUGUGGGAAGAGCUUCAGCUUGAAGCGAAAUCUUCUUCGGCACAAGAGAACCCAUACCGGAGAGAAACCUUAUAUAUGCUCACAGUGUGGGAAGUGGUUCUCUCAUCACUCCGCCCUUUUGAGACAUGAGAAGAUACACACAGGAGAGAAGCCUCAUGAAUGCUCGUUCUGUGCAAAAAAGUUUGGCCGGAAAGAAGACCUAAUAACACAUGAGAGAAUCCACACGGGAGAGCGGCCGUACGAAUGCUCGGACUGUGGGCAAAGGUUCAGUCAGAGGACACCUCUUGUGGUUCACAAGAGAAUCCAUACCAGAGAGAAACCAUAUGAAUGUUCACAGUGUGGGAAGUGGUUUUCUCAUCACUUGACUCUUUUGAAUCAUGAGAGAAUCCAUAUGGUGGAAUGCAGCACAUAAAUGCUCAAAAACCCAACUCUCAAGCUUCCCAUCAUAAAAGAUGCAGUGUUCAGCAUGAAAGGAAAAAUCACGGGAAUUAUCAGUGUGUAAGGGGAAAAAUAACUUCUAAAUCUAUUUAUUUCAUAUAAUGGUACACCCAGGAUUGAAACCGCAGGGCGACGUGUUUUUAUCUGCUAAAAAUUUAAAGUUUCUGCGACCAGGCAAUCUAAAUUCUCCACCAGGAAAAGCUGGAUUCUGCAACCUGUAUACAUUAUACACCUUUCUGUUAUAUUACAUAAUUUAUUCUGCAAUUUGUGCAUAAUUUGUUCUUGAUUUUACUAAUAAUGGGAAGGCUCAGAGUGCUAAAUCCCCACUCUAGAGGACACUAAAUUCCAAGUUGCUAAGCACUGACAAUCUUAUACAUCCGCUCUUCCACCUUCUGGGAUCUCGAGAGGUGUUGCCCAUUCACUUUCAAACAUAUCUCUGCACCCAUAAGGGCUAGAAUCCUUUUUUAAAAAAUGAAAUAUGUGGCUUUACAAAUGUGGUCUGUAACAAAAUGUUGCAGCAUGAAGUGCUCCCUGUUCAAGAUUCCAGUCACUCCAUUCCAUUCCCCCUCCCCGUUUUCUGCCUCACUGGGUAGUCAGUCAUCAUCCCAUGGCCACUGAGCAUGCUCAGUCCUCACUGGGCUGCUUUUAGAGUCCCACCCCAAGGCUUUGUCCUCCUUAACUUUCGGGUUCCUCCCAGCCUGCUGCCACCUCCCUCUUGUGGAUGGGUGGUGCUGUUUUGGCUGCAUAAGCAAAAUUACAGCCUGAACAUCAGAAGUAGAAGGUAUGAUUUUCAGUCCAUUUCCUAAUGAUUCUCAGCAUGGAAUUUGCUUCUUUCUGUCACUCACAACAGACUGAGUGGGCGUUUCCGUUUAAUUGACCACCACAACCCUUGAGACUAAUGUGGAAAACAAUUCAUAAAAUAAUAAUAAUAAUAACAACCCAAAGAUCUCCUUCCUAGUCAGUCACAACUAGUUUAGUGCUCAUCAGAUUCAUAUGAGAAGUUCUGAUUCAUUUAAUUUGCCCCAGUCGGUAUCACUUCACGCUUACUUAUAUUCUGAACUUUCAUUUGCCAUUUAGCUUCCCAUUUACCUAGUUUGGGGAUGUCCUUUUGGAGCUCUCGGCAUUUGGGUUUUCCCCAUCCUGAAUAACUUGUCAUGAUCCACACAGUAAGAUUUGCAUUUUUUUAUUAUGCAUUGAUAUUUAUGUUCUCAGCUGUGAAAUCACAGAUGCAAUAUUAAAAAGGGUAAAAACCCACCAAGCAAUGAUCCACCUUUCCUUACUGCAGCCUUUUUCCCCAGUCUGGUGGCCUUUAGGUGUUUUGGACGACAACUUCCGACAUCCCUCACCAUUAGUUCAGCUGGCUGGGGCUUAUGAGUGGUAAUCCAAAGCAUCUGGAGGUCACCAGGCUGGGGAAAGCUGCCUUAAUGCAAUGGAGUCAGACGUAAUUGGGUUGCCUAUGGCAUAGCAGAAUUACACUCCCCCACCCAUUGUCUGGUAUUUUUCCACUAGAGCUUUCUAGAGCUGUAUUGCUUUAAUGCAGUUAGCUGGAAUCGGAAUUAAAACGGAGGUUCUAAGUGGCACUUAAUAAAGCACUGUUUUAUCCAGCAAUGCCCUGCCCUGCCCUAUGGCCAACAUCCUCGAAUCAUGUUUAUUCACAGGUUCAGCAAAGGUCCUUGGCAACAAGUUAAACGUUUCCUGCACACCAGUUCUGCUUAUUGCUUCCUGUUGAUCACAGUUAUUUUGCCAUUUAAAAGUUGAUUAUUAAGAAC